CUUACCGUUGCUUAUAUUCGCUUCAUCAUUUAGGCUAUUUGUAAACAGACCAGGGGAUUCCCCAUUUUAUUUCCUGUUAUCAUCAGAUGAAAGAUGAUUGUUUUGAUUUGAAAUAUACUGGCUCAGACGCCUCAGCAGUGAAAUGCAGAGUCUGUUUCGAGAUAUGGCAGUGGAGACAACUCCUGAUGCUCGAUCUUUCGCGGGAAGAGUGCUAAUAAAUACCUGGAACAGUGUGAAGUCUACAUUAUUUGGAGAGCCAGCAGCCCUUGACGACAUGGAGCGAUACAGCUUUGAUCACAAGCGUCGUGGUGUGGCCCUUAUUGUGUGUAAUGACAAGUUCCAGGGUCAAGCCCCUCGGCAGGGAUCGGAACAUGAUGUGAAGCAUUUCGAGAAGACGUUUAUCAAGUUUGGUUUCAGUCCUCAAGACAUCAGAAUACGGUACAACAUGAAUGCUGGAGACAUGUUGGACUGGUUUUUGGCAGUGUCAAUGGAGGACCACAGUGAUGCUGACUGUCUCAUGGUGGCCAUCUCAUCCCAUGGAGACGAAUAUCGGUAUACAGACCCUGAACGCUCCAACGUCACUAAGCGGGAAGAUGUUAUCCACACAACUGAUAAAGUCAUAUUCACUCGCGACUUGGUUGACAUUUUCAGAGACAAACAUUGUCCUUCACUGAAAGACAAACCAAAGAUAUUCUUACUUCAGGCAUGUAGAGGCACCAAGUUAGACGAUGGGGUCGAGAUCCAGGAGGAAGACAUGGAUGUAGUAGAUGCCAUGACUGAACCAGAGUACACCAUCUCCCCCCCUCCCUGCUUCAAGGACUUCUGUAUUGUGUAUGCCACCCCUCCAGGUCAUUACGCAUUUCGUCGCCCAUCAGAAGGGUCCUGGUUUGUGAAGGCUUUUUGGGACGUUGUGGAAAGAGUGGACCCAUCCCGUGUGGAUUUUUUGCGAUUGGUGACUCUGGUUAUCCACCAGGUGGCAUUCUCCUUCCAGUCUUCAGCCGUGGAUCCAAGGAUUGACGGCAAGAAACAGUCAGGAUGUAUCUACUCAAUGUUGACCAAGGAUAUUUACUUCACACCCAAACAAGAAGCUGAUGAGUUGAUGUUAUAAGUGGAGCUGCUCAGGUGAUGUUUGUAUGUACAUGUGAUUAUGUAUUGGACUAUUUGAAUUAUGAAAUGCCAGUAUGUGCCCUUAUUAACUGCAAAAUUAAUAUGGCGUGGGCCAUACUUGUUUUCAUCAAUGAUUUAAUUUUAAUUGAUCUUAAAGCAGAAUUAUUUUUUAUAAAUUACCGUCUGACCUGCUUAAUUUUUAUCUCUUAAAAGGUUAUUUUGACAUUUAUCUCUGUUUUAUUAUAAAGCUCACCUGACUGAAGGGUGAAGUGAGCUUAUGUCAUGGUGCUUUGUCCAUCCGUCUUUUUGGGACGUGUCCUCUAAAACCAAAAGGCCUAUGAAACUGAAUCUUUGCAUCCGUGAUCACAGACAUGGAGUCUAACAUGCGAAAUCCAAUCUGAUUUUAGCAGUGAUAAUAUAUAGUCUUUUACUCAGUCAUUUAUGAGUGUGUCAUUAUGGAAUGUUAUGUCACAUAUGUAGAUGCUAUGCAGAAUAACGUAAUAUGCUCUUUUUUUUAUUUUGAUAUUUGACCCAGAUGCAACCUUUGACUAUCUGAAUUCGUGGCUGUAUGAUCUCAACAAUGAUGUCUUUUGUCAAUAUAAAUUCAGAAUUGGGACAUGACAGCCAUUGCAGCCAUCUUCAAAAUGUCGUCUUUUAUCAGCCAUUUGCUACAUGCAAUGUCAUGACAUUAUAGUUGGAAUCAUAUUGGUCAACAGCACCACUCUCAGAGUUUCAGAUGUACUGCGAGUGAAUGCCUUGUUUUAAAGUUUUUCACGAGACUAUUUUAGAAAUUCUUAAUUUGGCAAAAAUGAUGCUUUCAUGUCAGACAGAAUUGUCCGACUUUUCUUCCAUUGAAUAUCUCAAGAUACACAAACAGACGACCAAAGGUAUGUACUAAGCAACAAAGAUUGUGCUUCUGGGAAAAAAAACCCAUAGAAUUCAAGGGAGACAAUCCAAAGUUUGACUACCCAACCAUUGCGUUGAAAUCAAUCUCAUUAAAAUCAGACCUCAGUUCUUGCUACCGCUAAACAAAGAUCUGAGGACAUCCCAUUAGGGGUCACGUCAGAACGACCUUUCAUCCGACUAAUCAGAGCA